UCAUUAGCAAACAGGACUUAGGUAACCACAAUUACAUUUGAGCAAUCAAAGAGAUCGGUGGAAAGAGCGAACCAUUGAGGACUUUUGUUUUGGAGAAGCUGAUCUCUUCAUGCCUUUAAAUACAUCACAUGUGAGAGUGAGCCUAAAUCAAUCAUGACAUUAAGUUUUUCGCCCUUCUCCAUCAAAGACAUCCUCACCGGACGUGACUACCGGGGUAAGACUGGUACCCGGAGUGCAAACGAGCUCUGCGCACCAAAGCGCUCCAUCAGCUUCGAGCAUGAUGGCACAAGAGUCCCGGAUCUAUAUCACCUUGACGCGAAUGAGAGAGCCAACAACCAGAGGAGACUCCCUUCAGAUUUCAGUCAGUCCGUUGGAAAUGUACGAUCGGAUGGUUACAGUGAGGAGUCCACAGGAGAGGAGGCCAAACACGGAGAAGAUAAGCAGCAGCAGCACCAUGAGCAUCCGAAUGAUCUGCAGAAAAAGGAGGCAGAACCAGAGGAAGAUGGAUGUCAGCACAGCGGGGACAACGGCUCUUCCUCAGACGGACAGAAAGGCAGGCCCGGAACCAAGAAGCGCUCCAGAGCGGCCUUUUCUCACGCGCAGGUCUACGAGCUGGAGCGUCGCUUCCACGCGCAGAGAUACCUCUCAGGUCCUGAACGAGCAGACCUGGCAGGAGAGCUGAAACUCACAGAGACUCAGGUGAAAAUCUGGUUCCAGAACCGGAGAUAUAAAACCAAACGACGGCAGAUGGUGGCCGAGCUGGCGGCGUGCGGAUCACCGAAGAGAGUGGCAGUUAAAGUUCUGGUGAGGGACAGUCAUACGCAGCAGAAUCAAGUGAAUGGACUACACUUCCCAAUGACUGUGCCUCUCUAUCAGAACUACCAGUAUCCGUGCCCGCAUCACUGCUGCCGGCCCUGGAGCAUCAACAGCCUGCAGGGUAGAGCAAUGGAGAACUUCAGAAAAUACAGGACAUGAAGAAGAGCUUGCAUUAAAGAUAGUGGAUGAGCCUGUAACACAGUAUGCUGUCACACUGGCUCAGAGUGUACAGGGUUUGUUAUGUUUGUUUGUUAUUUCUAAGGGUUUUCCUCAAGGAUCAAAAGGCCCGUCAUUUUUUUAUACACAGACGUUAGCUUGCAUUGUGUGGACAUUAAGAAACAAAAGUUUCAAUUGAGUAAUAAUGUUUGAAGAAAUAUUUAACAUUGAAGACCUGGAUUUGAGUGUAUUAUUCAGUAAAGAUUUACAUUAUAUUUUCUCAUUUGCUGGCUAGUUUUCUCAUAUUCUAAAUACCUUCUUUAUUUGAUAUUAAAUACUUUUUGAUUGAAAGGACUGCAUCAAAGUAUCUGUGGUAGAAGGGCGUUGAACAGGGUGUGCAGUCUUUAUGCACAGGUAAAUGUAGUCUGACUCACCCCAGAGAACAGAGAGUUAUUCUAUCUUAAUAAGCAUUUUGGGAAUAAUCAUUAUCAUUAAGAACAAAAGAAAUUGACGAACAUCGUUCCUCCUCUUAUGCAUCCUGAAACAAAAUAAGGUAGGUUUCCCAUGGAGACCUGGUAUGUCAUUAAACUGUUAUAUUUAGAUUUAAUUACGCUGUCCUAGAUUAUGUAUGCUUCAAUUUUUUUUUAAAUGUAAGUGGAUUCACAUUUUGAGUAUAGGGGAGAAUGUUUUUUUUAUUAUAAGGUAUGGAAAGGAUUUUUGUUUUUGGGCCAAACUGUUUGAUAUUUUUUUAGAAUCAAGCAUGAUUAAGAUACAUGUUUGCUUCAUCAUCAACAACAACAGAAAUAUUCUUGCAAAUUUAGACAAAUACCUAAAAUAAUAAUGGCUGGUCUGAAAGGAUGUAGCUGUAUUUGAUCAUUUAAAGUGUUCAAGUGUAUCAGUGCAAAUGUAAUGAUGCAAGAUUUGGUGAAAUUGCAAUUUCUCUUAUAUUGGCAAAUUUGCCCUUG